AACCGUGCCAUGACGGCAAGCGUAGAAUGUUACUACAGUAGUGGCUUGUACAUACAUUAAGCCAACGAGCUAACGUUUUCUUGACCAGAGGAAUUGUUUUAUUUACAGAAACCGGACAAAUAACUGCAGAAUCAUUCUCUUGCAGGUGUUCAUUUGGACGUCACAAUUUUGUCGCUGACAGCUUUGAUGCAGCACAGUGUUAAAGACAGCCCAAGAUGACGGAAGAGGUGAUUGUAAUCGCCAAGUUUGAUUACAUUGCCCAGCAGGACCAGGAGCUGGACAUUAAAAAGAAUGAGCGUCUCUGGCUGCUGGAUGACUCGAAAUCCUGGUGGCGAGUCCGCAACGCAACCAACAAGACAGGGUUUGUGCCAUCCAACUACGUAGAGAGAAAAAACAGUGCCAGGAAAGGCUCAAUCGUCAGGAACCUCAAGGACACUUUAGGUUUCGGAAAGGUAAAGCAAAAACCAGGAAUGAGGGAAACUCCAUCAAACGCAGAGGCAGACUUUUACUCCGACAAUGGCGAACGUCUGUAUGACUUGAACCUGCCAGCGCUGGUGAAGUUCAACUACACUGCUGAGCGGGACGAUGAGCUGUCCUUGGUUAAGGGCACCAGGGUCAUCGUCAUGGAGAAGUGUAGCGACGGUUGGUGGAGAGGCAGCUACAACGGCCGUUCGGGCUGGUUCCCCUCCAACUACGUGACAGAAGAUGCAGACGGCUCGGCCAGCAAUGACGUCAUGGGCUUGUCUGAGAAGCUAGCCGCCGUGGUACGCAGUGCUAAUGGAAACAGGGUGCUCCAAACAGUACAGGCUCUCUACCCCUUCAGCUCAGGCAACGACGAGGAGCUGAAUUUUGAAAAAGGUGAAGUGAUGGAUGUGCUGGAAAAACCUGAGAACGACCCGGAGUGGUGGAAGUGUCGCAAAGUUGAUGGGCAGGUCGGCCUCGUACCCAAAAACUACGUCACUGUGCUGCAAGAGCCACAGAACAUGAGCAGCAUGGCUGGCCCACCUACACCCGAUUUCGACUACAUUGAGCCUUCAGAGAGUGGCCGAUUCGCGGGUAAGGAGUGGUACUACGGCAAAGUGACCCGCCACCAGGCAGAGGUAGCGCUUAACCAGAGGGGCAUGGAGGGAGACUUUCUUAUCAGAGACAGCGAGUCAUCGCCCAACGAUUUCUCCAUAUCACUGAAGGCCCAGACAAAAAACAAGCAUUUCAAAGUGCAGCUGAAGGACGACUUGUACUGCAUCGGACAGCGCAAGUUCAGCUCCAUGGAGGAGCUGGUAGAACACUACAAAAAAGCUCCUAUCUUCACCAGUGAGCAGGGUGACAAACUGUAUCUGGUAAAGGCUCUGGCUGCCUCCUGAUCCAGACUGCUUCCCGCACCAGAAAUCUGGAGCCACAUGGCAGUACCGAGAGACUCAGAAAUGGAGCAUUCCAACAGCGGGGGGAGAAGGGAAGGGCAGAAGGGAGAAAAUGGUAUUGGACUCCCAUGUUCAUUCUCAGUAACAGUUUCACGCUUGGACCCUUCCAUGUAUUCAGUACAGUUAAGUUUAGGGUAUAGGUGAUGUAUUUUGCUCUUAACAUCUAUUAGAAAAAAUAUAUAUAUAUUAUCUUUUUUUUCCUUCAAAAGUUGAACUAACUGUGUUCUUGGAUACCCAGCAGCCUUUUGGAACUUGUUGACUUCUGGAAAACUGAGAAACUGCUGUGAACUCUGCAAAUGUUUUACACAUUGCCUGCUUUUGAAAUUCUGCUUGAAUAAUGCCACAGUGAGCUGAUUUAACAUGCUAUAUUUAUAGGUAUCCAACAUUUCUGCAAAACUAAAUAAAAGUGGGUGAC